GGUUCGGGGCUUUACAUCCGUGUGAACGAGCUGCAGGCGUGGAUACAGCGCCGAUGAGAUUGGGAAGAGUUUGCUGUCGUUUGGAAGUGCCGAAAACUUCAGAUCGCAAGGCGGCGUGACAGAGGGGGGCAGUAGCAGAGAGACCGUCCGUGUGUGCUAAGAGGGAUUCGAUCGGGAGAGAGAGGCAGGGGAAUCUGCGUGUGGACGGACAGGGGCGCCACGGCCGCUCAUUCUGUCACUGUAGCCAGCACGCUGGAUAGAUAGUUAUCCUCAAAAUGAGAUUGAAAGUAGGAUUUAUUCUUCGUAGUCUAAUAGUCAUUGGCACCUUUUUAGGUCUGGUUGUGCUUUGGUCUUCUCUUUCACCGAAACCGAGCGACGAUAACCCUUUCGGUAAAGCGGAUUCUAGAGAUGGAGCGUUACCCAAUGCCAAAAAUGAUAUAGUGGACCAGUUGAAGCCCAUCGUUCCUUGGCCUCGGGUGGAAGGCGUGGAAGUGGAUCUGGAGUCCAUCCGUCUGAAGAAUGAGGGGAAAAAGGGCCCUGACCAGAACCCCAAGGGCGGGGCGCAGAACCAGCAGAACAUCAUGCAGAAGCAGUACAUCACCUUUAAGCCUCACACCAACGCCUACUCUGACCCGGUCCUGAGGCGCGGCACAUUAGGGAACUUCGAACCCAAGGAGCCCGAACCCCAAGGCAUCCCCAACGGACCAGGGGAGGGCGCCAAAGCUUUCGUCCUCGGUGCUGAGUACAAAGAUGCCGUGCAGACCAGCAUCAAAGAGUUUGGCUUCAACAUGGUGGCCAGUGACAUGAUCUCCCUGGACCGCACCAUUAGCGACAUAAGACAUGAAGAGUGCAAGUUCUGGCACUACGACGAGAACCUGCUCACUGCCAGCGUGAUCAUCGUCUUCCACAACGAGGGCUGGUCCACGCUGAUGAGGACGGUGCACAGCGUCAUCAAGCGGACCCCCAGGAGAUACCUGGCCGAGAUCGUCUUGAUCGACGACUUCAGCAACAAAGUGCACCUGAAGGAGAGGCUGGAGGACUACAUCAAGCAGUGGAACGGCCUGGUCAAGCUGUUCCGCAACGAGAGGCGCGAGGGCCUGAUCCAGGCCCGGAGCAUCGGGGCCCGCAAAGCCACCGUGGGCCAGGUUUUAAUUUACCUGGAUGCUCACUGUGAGGUGGGAGUGAAUUGGUAUGCCCCGCUGGUCGCCCCCAUAUCCAAGGACAGGACCGUGUGCACGGUCCCCCUGAUCGAUUCCAUUAGCGGUCAUUCUUACAACAUCGAGCCGCAAGGCGGAGGGGACGAGGACGGCCAUGCGAGAGGAGCGUGGGACUGGAGCAUGACAUGGAAGCGCAUUCCGCUGAGUAGCAGGGAGAAGCAGAGGAGAUUAAGUAUAACUGAGCCUUAUCGGUCCCCUGCUAUGGCCGGAGGGCUCUUCGCUAUCGAGCGAGACUUCUUCUUCGAGCUGGGCCUGUACGACCCGGGCCUUCAGAUCUGGGGAGGAGAAAACUUUGAGAUAUCCUACAAGAUUUGGCAGUGCGGGGGCAAGCUGCUGUUCGUGCCAUGCUCCCGGGUGGGGCACAUAUACCGCCUGCAGGGCUGGCAGGGGAACCCGCCCCCUGCCCACGUGGGCUCCUCGCCCACCCUGAAGAACUACGUGCGUGUGGUGGAGGUGUGGUGGGACGAGUACAAGGACUACUUCUACGCCAGCCGGCCCGAGACGCAGACGCUGGCCUACGGCGACAUCAGCGAGCUGAAGAAGUUCAGGGAGGAGCACCGCUGCAAGAGCUUCAAGUGGUUCAUGGACGAGAUCGCCUACGACAUACCCCAGCACUACCCGCUGCCCCCCAGGAACCUGGAAUGGGGAGAGAUACGAGGUUAUGAAACCAGCUACUGCAUAGACAGCAUGGGACACACCAAUGGGGGCAACGUGGAGAUCGGGCCUUGUCAUAGGAUGGGAGGAAAUCAGCUCUUCAGAAUAAACGAGGCCAACCAGCUGAUGCAGUACGACCAGUGCCUGACCAAAGGGGCGGACGGCUCGGCGGUCAUCAUCACGCACUGCAACCUGAAGGAGUUCACCGAGUGGAAGUACUUCAAGGAUCUCCACAGAUUCACACACAUGCCCACGGGGAAGUGCUUGGAUCGAUCCGACGUCCUGCACAAGGUGUUCAUCGCCGACUGCGACAAGACCAAGAGCACGCAGAAGUGGGAGAUGAACAACAUCGUAGCCGUGUAGAGCUGCAGCCUGCGGCGACGUGAGGACUGUGUACAGUGGACUGGGAAGAAAGAUAAUACCCUCCAUCCACCCCCUUGCAUCACAGCUGCUUUUCAAAGUUAUGUAAAGUGUAAAAAACUGAAAUGGCAAACAGUGGCAGUCAGUCGCCCGCUUCUAAAAAACCAAUUGUACUGAUUAUCGAUUUGUACAUCAAUGACCGUUUACAUCCGCUCUUCAUGCUGGUUUAUUUAAAGGUACUUCUGUGGGAAUUUUGCUCAGGGGUCUAAAAAGCAUGUUGCUUUUAGAACUGCAAAAAUGUGUGCCCGGGGUGAAAGGUAUGGUAACCUGGUAAGUUUUAAAACUCUAAAUACUCUUUUUCCUUUUUAGGGUGAAUAAGGUGUACACUCUCUGACGUGUGUACUUACAAAGUGUGUCAGUCCCUCUCAAGUGUGGCCCUUGUUGGACCUACUAAAUGAAGCGUUGACACCAGACUUUGAUUAUUACUGAAGAUGCUGCCACUUUACUAAUAUAGAUUUGUCACAAUUAAACUCAGUUUGAGUGUGUGCAUUUUGGGCAUGGUUAUGAAGAGUAGUUAAUAGUUGUAAAAAGAAAAUUUAUAUUAUACAUGAAUGUCUUUUUUUAACAAUUAUGGCUAAAUACAGACACAGUUAAGUGAGGAGUUUAUUUUGUUUAAAGUAAACAACUCCCUCUUGGAUAGGGAAUGUGAAACAAGAUGAGCAAUAUUGUAAUAUUGGUCAGUCUUAUCAACCCUAAAGAGGAAAAUCUGUAUCUCGUUGUGAAUAAGCGUACAUUCAUGCGUGCAUUAUUUCAUCUGAAAUGUAAAAACAUUUUGAUAUUGUAAUACUGUAAGUACUUGACCACUGAAUACCAAUCAUUGAAACGCUGUGUAUGAGGCAUUGCUUAUCCAUUAAUGUAUGCAAAUUUUAUACAGUGUAAAUAGAUAUUUGUUUCUACGCUCACGUUUGCAAUAGUGAGUCCUGGAUGAGGAUGUAAAUAUCAAACUUAUGAGAAGCAUCGGUUCUCAGUUUCUCUGGGAAAUAAACAUUAUGUUUUUA